AUGUCGCUCAGAGGUCUGCUAGCGCUCUCUUGCAUCUGUAUCUCCGCGACUCUGAGUGUGCUACGUUUAAAUCAGUGUAGGCGGCUAACUGAGGCACUUCUCUUCCGCGACUUUCACGUCUCCCUCGAAAUCCCAAAUGACCGCCUUUGCCCUCCGGUACGUGUCCGGUUGAACUACAUCCUAUGGCUUGAAGACAUCCUGCAAGCGGCACGCCUAGCCGAACCGCUUGAUACUCCACCUGAAGCUGUCACUGGCAUUGAUGUCGGUACGGGAGCGUCUGCAAUUUACCCCCUCCUCGGGUGCCGAUCAAACCCUUCCUGGAAUUUCGUAGCAACAGAUGUCGACGAGAAAUCUCUUCAUCAUGCACGUCUCAAUGUACAACAAAAUUGCCUGCAAGAGCGCAUCUCUGUGAUAGCGUCUGACCCUGCCGGCCCCAUCUUGCUCCACCUCUUCAACUUAGAAAACCGCAUCCGAGAUCCGCGGGCGAAGUAUGACUUCACGAUGUGCAAUCCUCCAUUCUAUAGCAGCCGUGAAGAUGUCUUGCACUCUGCAGAAGUGAAAGAAUCUGAACCAACGGCGGUAUGCACAGGAGCGGAUGUGGAGAUGAUCACACCAGGUGGUGAGGCUAACUUUGUGUGCACGAUGGUCCGUGAAAGCCUCGAGACACGGGCGCAAUGCAGAUGGUACACCUCGAUGCUAGGCAAGUUGGCGUCUCUGACUGACGUAGUCGCACUCCUGCGCGCGGAGACGAUCGACAACUAUGCCUGCACAGAAUUCGUCCAGGGGCAAACACGGCGGUGGGCCAUCGCAUGGUCCUUUGGCGACGUUCGG